GCUCAGCGUAGACACAAUCACUCUCAGAGGGGUUCUCAUACACACUGCAGGAGCAGACCUUCCUGUACUGGGGUGGUAACUGGACAUAGAAGUAUUGAGGGGACUGGAGUAAACAGGGUGUACAGGGUCUAAAGAGACUUGAACUAGCUGGGAGCCACAAGUCAUCAUGGUUAACCUGCUGGUCCUCACACUGAAGGUUGUCCUCCCCCUAGCUGCUGUGUGGAGUGUGUGUUCAGCAGUGUUGAUCACAGUGGAAGGAUAUGAGGGGGGCAAGGCAGAGAUCAGAUGCCCCUACAAAGAGGAGUGGAGGAGCCACCAGAAGUACCUCUGUAAAGGGGAUUGUCCUGUUUUUAAUAAAGACAAAGUUAUUAAGACUGAGGCAGGGGAAAACAGUGCUUCUAACGGGAGAUACUCGCUGAAGGACAACAGAAAGGAAAGUGUCUUCAUUGUGACCAUCACCAACCUGACGUUAAAUGAUGCUGGGAAAUACUGGUGUGGAGUGACCAAUUCAUUUGUAGAUGUCUACACUGAAGUCAACCUUGCAGUCUCUAGAGCGACACCAACAAUAACCACCACCACAAGAAAACCUGCUACAAAAACAACAGCAUCAAACCCAGGUUCACCAACGCUAUCAUCCUUAGCCACCUCCAUCUCAUCAUCAUCCAUCUCACCACCAUCAUCCAUCUCAUUAUCAUCAUCCAUCUCUCAUCUAUCAUCCAUCUCAACACCAUCAUCCAUCUCAUCAUCAACACAAAAUGGAUUUGAUACAACAGUGAUCAUCAUAGUAUCUGUGACUCUGGUCAUGCUGCUAUUGGUGCUUGUGGUUAGCCUGCUCAUAGUCUAUAGAUGGAAAUUCAACAAGGAAACAGCUGUCUCUUCAGCACCCAGGGUGAACACAGACACUCGGCUCAACAUAGAGGGUUGUCAUGGUGAUGGUGACUAUGAGGAAAUAAAGGACCGCCCCCUACAGUCCAGUUCAGGUAGUGAGACCCCCACCAUCUACGCCAUUGCCAAUUUACCCACAAGCCCCUCUGACUCUCUCAACUAUGCCAGUGUCAACUUCCACAAGAACCCCAGCUGCCCCAAUGAGGCCACUGUCGCCAUCGCUAAAAAGGGCACUUUUUCUGGUGACUAUGCCAACAUAAUUCAAAACCCUGCCUACUCUACUGUCAAUCAUCCACACAGCUCCUCUGAGGCUCCUCCCAUCUACUCCACAGUGAGCAAAUCCAGAGACACCUGAGUCACUGACAACCAAUCACAAGGGACAUACACAUACUGGCAACCAAUCACAAGAAACAUGUCAUGAACUACGUUUGCCACUAACAGCCUCUUGAACAUUGAGCUCUGUUUUUAGCUGACAGCUGCAUAAUGUGCUUCAUGUCCUCACAAUGUGUUUCCCUGACUUCUCUCUUCCAUCAGAUGUGUUUCCCUGACUUCUCUCUUCCAUCAGAUGUGUUUCCCUGACUUCUCUCUUCCAUCAGAUGUGUUUCCCUGACUUCUCUCUUCCAUCAGAUGUGUUUCCCUGACUUCUCUCUUCCAUCAGAUGUGUUUCCCUGACUUCUCUCUUCCAUCAGAUGUGUUUCCCUGACUUCUCUCUUCCAUCAGAUGUGUUUCCCUGAUGUCACUCUUCCAUCAGAUGUGUUUCCCUGACUUCUCUCUUCCAUCAGAUGUGUUUCCCUGACUUCUCUCUUCCAUCAGAUGUGUUUCCCUGACUUCUCUCUUCCAUCAGAUGUGUUUCCCUGAUGUCACUAUUCCAUCAGAUGUGUUUCCCUGACUUCUCUCUUCCAUCAGAUGUGUUUCCCUGACUUCUCUCUUCCAUCAGAUGU